AUGAAUAAUGCACCGCAGUUUUCUUUGCGAUGGAAUAAUUACGUAUCUCACGUAACAGAAGCGUUCAAUGUACUCCGCUUCGAAAACGAUUUAGUGGAUGUAACUCUGUGUUGCGAUGGAGGUAAAAUAAAAGCACAUAAAAUGUUAUUAUCAGCUUGUAGCACGUACUUCAAACAAAUAUUUAAAGAGAAUCCUUGUCAGCAUCCCGUGAUUAUAUUCAGAAACUUUAAAUUCGAAGACCUUAAUGCGAUUGUCAACUUCAUGUAUCAUGGUGAGGUAAACAUUUUCCAGGAACAAUUAGAAUCAUUUUUGAUAACUGCUGAGAUUUUAGAAGUCAAAGGAUUAACAGACAAUAUAGAAGAUGAAUCAUCAAAGAACCAAUUAAGGAUCACUGACAAUAUAUCUCUAGACUUAAGCUCUAAAUCUAGCAGACCUGUAGAGGAUAUUGUGCCUAUACUCUCAAAUGAGCCAAUCAAUUUAGCCACUAUCCAAAACACUAGAGAAGAGUACAUUCCACAAACAACUAAGGGCAAUUCAAAGCAAGAAAACGGAACUUCAGAAGUGCAACCAGAAGCUACUACCUCAGAAGAAAACGCAAAAAAAACACCUUCCUCUACUGAGGAAAUGCAGGUUGAUAUACAGUCUACAUCUGUUGAAGAUUUGUCAGAAAAAAAUAGUUCAGAUUCAGAAUUGGCAAAGUUUCGCUGUCAACUGUGCCCAAAAGGUUUUAAACAUCCUACAUCAUUAACAUUGCAUAAGGACUCACAUGCUGGCAAAACACAGUGUCCUGUGUGUCAUCGAUCAUUUUCACGGUCUUAUGACAUGAGAAGUCAUUUGCAAAGAAUACAUCAAGGCAAACAAUUGACAAUAAAAGAAAUCAGAUAUAAGAAUACUAGUGACAAUUUGGGACCGAAACAGUUUACACAUAAUAUUUAG